UGAAAGAAUACGACAUAAGUGGCGUAUGAGUGUAAAAUUUGGAAUGGUAGACGAGUGUUAGGCCCGGGCGCAUAAAAAAACAACUAAACAUGACUAAUAAAAAACGGAGUUCAUAAAAACCUCCAUUUAUUGGACUUUUUGCCCAAAACAAGAAAUUUUUGUUUCACCCCCCAUUUCACGAUCUCCCCUCUCCCUUAAACAAAAUCAAAAUCACAAGAAAAAAAAAGGGAAAACGGGAAACUGAGUUUAGGAGAGAGAAAGUGAGUGUCCCUGUGAGAGUCCAGACUCAGUGUGGGGUUCGAGGUAGGGAAGAAGAGAGUGUAGGGAGGUCCGUUUGUGGAGCUGUUACUAUUCAUCCUUUUUCUUUUUCAUUUCCAUUUUAAUGGUGGUGAAUUUUCAACUGUGUACUUCAUUGUUUUCUUUUUCUUUCUCUCUCUAGUUUGAAGCUGGUUUUGGGUUGUUGGGUUUUUGGGUUUUUGGGUUUCUGGGUUCUGUUCUUACUGAAGAAUGAAAAUGGGGGUUAGUGUUAAGCUGGUUGGGUUUGCUUUUUUGGUUGGGUUUUUCUUUACUGUUGUUCAUUCAGCUAUUCCAUCUCGUCAGAAGCUGCAAGUUCGUAAACAUUUGAACCGUUUGAAUAAGCCUUCUGUUAAAACUAUUCUGAGUUCAGAUGGUGAUAAAAUUGACUGUGUUCCCAUUCAUCAUCAACCAGCCUUUGAUCAUCCUUUUCUGAAGAAUCAUACAAUUCAGAUGAGACCAAAUUAUCACCCAGAAGGGUUGUUUGGUGAGAGCAAGGUGAAGGUAGGCUCGAAACAGGAGCCACGAAGCAAUCCGAUUACUCAGCUGUGGCACGCUAAUGGUAAAUGUCCAUCUGGGACUAUCCCCAUUCGGAGAACUAAGGAGGAGGAUGUGCUACGGGCUAGCUCUGUUAAGAGAUAUGGAAGGAAGAAGCACCGCAGCUUUGCUAAACCCAGGUCUCCAGAUCCCGACCUAGUCAACCAGAGCGGCCAUCAGCAUGCGAUUGCAUAUGUUGAAGGAGACAAGUACUAUGGAGCAAAGGCGACCAUAAACGUUUGGGAACCGAGGAUUCAGCAGCCAAAUGAGUUCAGUUUGUCACAAAUCUGGAUUUUGGGAGGUUCCUUUGGUGAAGAUCUCAAUAGCAUUGAAGCUGGUUGGCAGGUUAGUCCUGAUCUUUAUGGGGAUAACAACACCAGACUUUUCACAUAUUGGACGAGCGAUGCGUAUCAAGCCACAGGAUGCUACAACCUGUUAUGCUCAGGAUUCAUACAAAUCAACAGCGAGAUAGCGAUGGGAGCAAGCAUCUCACCAGUCUCUGGGUAUCGAAGUUCCCAAUAUGAUAUCAGUAUUCUUGUCUGGAAGGAUCCAAAGGAAGGGAACUGGUGGAUGCAGUUCGGAAAUGACUAUGUGUUAGGGUACUGGCCAUCAUUCUUGUUCUCGUACCUGUCUGAGAGUGCUUCAAUGAUAGAAUGGGGAGGGGAAGUGGUAAACUCAGAAGUGGAUGGACAGCAUACUUCAACUCAAAUGGGGAGCGGACAUUUUCCCGAGGAAGGAUUUGGCAAAGCAAGUUACUUCAGAAACAUACAAGUUGUAGACGAGUCUAACAACCUCAAGGCUCCGAAAGAUAUUGGUACCUUCACAGAGCAAUCCAACUGCUAUGAUGUUCAAACAGGGAGUAAUAGCGAUUGGGGUCAUUUCUUUUAUUACGGAGGCCCUGGUAGAAACGGAAACUGCCCGUAGCUUGCUUCUAAGAAGAAAUACUGAAAAAUAUUAAUCUUAAUUAAAAAGAAAAAACGAGAAAAAAAUUGAAAAUAGAAGCCGAGGCAACCCAAAGGGAAAUGUCCCCUUCAAUCUAGAAUUGAUCUUGUGUGUAAUAGUUCAAUGUAUGUCUAUAUGAUUUGAUUUACGGUGUAAGGCGGUGGCAGUAGGCGGUAGGUGGUGGUGGUGGUGGUAGUAGAGUUAGGUUUUUGGUUGUAGUAAAGUGUAAAAGUAAUUUAAAUUUUCAAAAAAUGUGCUCUUCCAUGUAAGUCAAGUGUGUAUGAUGGAAGAGGAAUCCCUUAAUGGUAGUAUUAUUCCUUUAAUUUGA